AAUGAUAAACAAGUUUAUUUUUUAUGCCAAAUUUAUUUAUAAUUAUUUAAUUAAAUAGUAAAACAAGUCUAUAAUAAAUGAUGGCAACAAACGGGCCGUCAAUUGUUUGCAAUGAACACAACUCGGGCGUCAAUCCGUGCUGUAAAGCAAUACAUUUGCCUUUACUUACAGACUUAUAUCAAAUAACAAUGGCUUACGGGUAUUGGAAGAGUGAUAAAUGCAAUCAGAAUUCGGUGUUUGACUUAUUCUUCCGGAAGAAUCCGUUUGGCGGAGAGUUUACUGUAUUCGCGGGACUCGAAGAUGUGGUCGCUUUCCUACAAGGAUUUCGCUUUACAAAAGACGAUAUUGAAUAUUUACGCAAAAUUCUGCCCCAAUAUGUGGAGGAAGAGUUCUUCACGUAUUUGUCUAAUAUAUCUGCAAAAGACAUAACUCUAUACGCAAUACCCGAGGGUUCGGUUGUAUUCCCAAAAGUGCCGUUAAUGCGAGUCGAAGGACCCCUUCCUAUCGCAAAUCUAUUAGAAACAACAUUAUUAACAUUAGUCAACUACGCCAGUCUCAUCACAACAAACGCUACGAGAUAUCGGAUAGCAUUGGAUGGAAGAGAUAUUCAACUCUUUGAAUUUGGUCUCCGCAGAGCUCAAGGCAUCGAUGGCUUUAACGGAACGAGUAAUGUAUUGGCCGGUAAGAUGUAUGGCAUACCCCUGAAGGGAACUCACGCUCACUCUUUCGUUAUGUCCUAUACAUCUAUUAAUGAGCUAAAUAUUCGAACUCUGAAAAAUAGUAAAACUGGAGAAACAGUGGAUUUUGUGGAGCGUUGUCUCAAAUAUCAAAAAGAGUUGUCAGAACUUUUAGGAGUUCUACAAUCGGAAUGCAGUUCCAGUGAAUUUGCCGCAUUUAUCGCUUAUGCCAUUUCAUUUCCGGACGCCUUUCUAGCAUUAGUUGACACUUACGAUGUGAUUAGGAGUGGAUUACUAAACUUCAGUGCCAUAGCGUUGGCUCUCAACGAACUCGGGUAUCGUCCGAUUGGUAUUCGUAUAGAUAGCGGAGAUCUGGCCUAUCAGUCGUCGGUGGCCUACGAUUCGUUCUGCAAAAUCGGUGACAAGUAUUCACUCGAUUGGUUCCGAGAGCUGACAAUCGUUGCGAGUAAUGAUAUAAACGAAGACACAAUCAUCUCAUUAAAAGAGCAAAAGCACGGAAUCAAUGCAUUCGGAAUCGGAACACAUUUAGUUACUUGUGAGAGACAGCCGGCACUCGGAUGUGUCUAUAAGUUGGUUGAGAUCGACGGUCACCCGUGUAUUAAAAUCAGUUUAGAUGUGGAAAAAGUGACGGUUCCCGGAAGGAAGAGUGUGUUCCGACUCUACGGCAAAGAAGGCUACGCUCUGCUCGACAUUAUGCAAGGGGUCGACGAGACGGCACCGAAACCAUUGUCCAAAGUUUUGUGUAGAAAUCCAUUCCAAGAAUCAAAGAGAUGUUACGCCACGCCAUCCAAAGUGGAGCCAUUGCUGAAUAUUUUGUGGCAAAACGGAAAAGUUCAGCAAAAAAUGCCAAACUUGGAAGAGAUCCGAAAUCACGUCCAAACGUCUCUCAAUUCGUUGCGUUCAGACAUUAAACGAAAUCUGAAUCCAACGCCAUAUAAAGUGUCGGUUACCGACAAUUUGUAUCAAUUUAUGCAUAACCUAUGGCUAGAGAACGCACCCGUAGGUGAACUCAAUUGACAAACUUUUGAUUUCAAACAUUUACAUACAUCUAAAGUGAGAUGAAAUGCAAUUAUAUUAUUGCCUUUAUAUUAAUUUUUGUUAAUUAUAUUUUUGAAUUAUUAUAUAUAAAAUAUAUUUUUUAAUAUUAUUAUUUGUAAGAAAUUCUAUUGAAAAGAAUGAUUGUUUAUUAUUAAAUUUAUCAUUAUUUCAAAGUAAUACAGAAUUAUAUAGUGUUUAGAUUGACAGCAAUAUAACCCAUGGAAUGCAUGCCGAGUGGGCGCUCUCCCACUCACCCCCACAUUAAUUAUCUCCAAAUAUAUCCGUCCAUCAAAUUGAAUAAAUAUCUCAAAAACUAUGUAUACUUUAAGAAAAUUUUAUUUUUACGGAAUAUAGGAUUAGUAUAAUGUUAUAAUAAG